UCAUCGGAAAAGUAGAAAUUUUACCUAAAAUGGGACGCUAAAAAUAUAUUUAUUUUAUCAGCAAAGGAAAUUAUAAAUUUCAUGAAGGAUACUUUCCGUUGGAUUGCACCUAUUCCGAGGCCAAGUCUGGGUCCAGGAUCCACGAGUGGGAGCCUACGAAUAAAAAAUAUAUAAAAGUGCUGUUUGUAGUUCAAGGGAAGAGUAUUUAUAAAUCGAAAACGAUGGACUCUGGUGAGGAAAUGUAUAGCGAUCCCAAUUCCAACGUUGAAUCCGACGAAAUCACGACUAAGAUUGAGUACACAAACUUGACUCACGAGAACGAAGUUGAACACUAUCCCUUCAAAGUUCUUUCCACAAAUGAAAUUGUCCAGAACAUGGCUGACUGCAUAAAAAAAGUAACCACAGUUGUCGGUCUUCCAGCAACAACAGCCCGGAUUUUGCUCAACCACUGCAAAUGGGACGAAGUGAAGAUGUUUGAACAACUUUAUGACGGAAAUCAGGGAAAACUCUUUAAAGAAGCCCACGUUGUAAAUCCUUUCAAAUCUUCAACCAACGAAGCUUCCGAAUCUUUCGAAAAGUGGCGUUCAACGAAUGAAACCAAAGAUUGUCAAUUCUGUUUCGAGUCUCUGGCAGCGCCUCUGAUAACCGGACUCGACUGUGGACAUCGCUUCUGUACCAGUUGUUGGGACGAAUAUCUAACGACAAAAAUCAUGGAGAAUAGCAUUGAUCAAACAAUUUCUUGUCCGGCACAAAAUUGUAAGAUCCUCGUCGACUAUGGUAGUGCCAUGCAUCUCAUCAAGUCCCCCGAAAUCAAACUAAAGUACCAAUACCUCAUCACAAACAGCUUUGUCGAAUGCAACCGGCUCUUGAGGUGGUGUCCAUCCCCGGGUUGCAAGAACGCAAUUAAAGUUGAAUUCGUUGAAUCCCGAUGCGUGACUUGCACAUGUGGACACACAUUUUGCUUCUUCUGUGGAGAAAACUGUCAUGACCCUGUGAAAUGCGAGCUUCUGGAAAAGUGGCUCAAAAAGUGCAACGAAGACUUGCCGUCAUAUAAGUGGAUAGCAGAAAACACAAAGGAAUGUCCUAUGUGUUCCUUUCCGGUGCAGCGUGACAAAGACUGCAUCCAGUUGACUUGUGGAAACGAGAGUUGUGCAUACGAAUUCUGCUGGGUCUGUUUAGGAAAUUGGUUCUCACACAACAUAUUUUCGACUCAUUGUGACCGCUCUCCUGAAAGUGCGGAUCGCAAGGAACGAGCUUCAUUGGACAAUAGCUUUUGGUUUUACUGCAAUCGCUAUAUGAAUCACAAACGGGCACUCGAAUCGAAGCAAAAGUUCUACGCGAGUGUCCGGGAGAAAAGGGAGAAGUUUUAUAAGGAUUUAAAAUCCGGGAGCGAUUGUGUUUUCCUUAAGGACGCUGUGGACAAUCUCUGUCUCUGCAGACAAACUUUGAUGUACUCAUGCGUCUUAUCUUAUUAUUUGCUUGAAAAUAACAAGUCGCUUAUUUUUAAUAACAAUCAGCAGGAACUUGAAAGUCAGACCGAGUUAUUGUCAGAGUAUUUGGAACGAGAUGUCACUCGUGAAAAUGUUGCUAACGUGAAACAGGAAAUUGAAAAGAAGUCUACAUUAUGUUCUCGUAAGAGGGAGGAACUUAUCAAAUAUGCCCACGAGGGAUAUGAACAAGAAUGGUGGAAAUUUAGAUAAUUUUUUAAGCAAAAAUGGAGCACUAUUGGGAAUGUUGGUUGACCACUUCGUCAUCUGUCAGAAGUGUUUUCACGAGAUUAUAAGCCAUUAUGAAAAUGGAAAGAAUUUUAUAUUGAAUUUCGAUGUUAUACAGUGGAAAAAACACAUUUCUGGUCAAAAAUUAUAUUCUCAAGAAACAACAAAACAAGUAUUCUACUGUAUCACGUAUGUUUCAAUGAACUCUAAUCGUAAAAUCAUUAGAGAUCAAAAAUAGGAAAUCUUCCUAACUAUUAUGUUUAUAUUAUUAAGUUUGACAUAUAUGCUG